AUUGGUAUGUAUUCCCCAACACCAAUACCAACUACUACUACGCAUGAGAUUAUAUCAGCGUAAGUCGAACUUCACGAUGUCUGACUUCACCAAGAACGGGCUUUUCCCUUCUAUCAAUGUUUCGUCCCUCAACGAUGUAACAUCUGAAGAACGAUCUAGCGCCAUCGACUUCGUCAAUCGCAAUAACUUUGUCUUCGAAGAGUUCAACGUGGAGAAAGUACUAUCUACGUUUCUCCCAGACGGCGCCGUGUAUCAUAUUGGUGGCGCAGUCCGCGGCAGGGCUGAAAUGAAGAUUUUUCUUGAGGACUACGCAAAAGUCUACAUUCAUGGUAUCAGUCGGAAUGCAAUGAACCACGUUGUAGACCGUGAUGACGACGGUGUUAUGGUCAGGUAUCAUCAGCACUUAGUCAGGUAUGCCUGGCCCAAAGAUACUGAGAGCGUUACUGCUGGCGGGGAUUUGUUAAGCGAUGACGGGCUGCCGUCGACCUGGUUUUUCGCAACCGUUAUCGACCGCCUGCGGAAGACGCCCGAAGGCUGGAAAGUUUUUGAGCGACACCUUGGUCCUGCGUUUAGAGAUAACAGACUUGAAAAUUCCAACGCUCCUCAAGCGAUUUAGCUUUAGCCCGAGUAAAUGCUCGGUUGGGGGGUGGGGGGCCUCUACAUUACGUAUCCUGUCCGUCCUUAAGUUGUAUCUGACUUCCUCUAGCACCAAAUCCAGUAUACUACAGAUCAACCUCAAUGUCAAACAUGUGUUCACUGCUCGGGUCGGAUGGAUAGGCCAAUCUGUAGAUCCAGGGUUUUGUGUGAUCGAAGACUGCAUUCGCAUAAACCCGGGUACUCUAA